AUGUCUGUCAGGAUAGAGCUUGAUAAUCGGGGGAGUUUGUUUACUUGCUUGGACUAUGUUACUGGGAAGGUGGUAAUGAACAUUGCCAAUGAUGAGACCAUUUCUGCAAUCACUGUCAAGAUGGAGGGAAUAUCUAGAACCCGCUUAACCCCCCCUAGGAAUGACGAAGGCCGAGACUCGAAGCAUGCGGAAAUCGAAAAUCACAGGCUCUUGUACCUCGUCCAAACAGUCUUCCCAUCGCCUGAGAUCAGAGAGAAUACCUCCGCCACAAACUCGGGGUACACGCUCAAGCCCGGGCAGUACGAAUAUCCAUUCAAGCUUCGCAUACCGGUUAAUAGUCAGUGCACGGAGGGACAGGGUGUUGGCGGGAAUAUUUUGCAACGGUUGAGUUUUGACAAGGGGACUGCGGAUAUUGCGAGGGAUGCUAGAAGACAUCAUCCUGGGACUUUACCUCCGAGUUUGAGUGGAAUUCCGGGUGACGAGGCUUUGAUUAGGUAUUUUUUGAAGGUUACUGUUAUUAGGCCGGAAUUCUAUAAGUUUAAUCUACGUGCGAUUGACCCAUUUGUCUUUCUACCGAUUGAACCUCCACGAUCCCCGCCGACUACAAACGAGACCUAUGCGAGGCGCCAACACCAAUUCAUUUACAAUGUCUCUCCAGUUUCCAAGAAGCGCGGUCUUUUUAGUCCUUUCCGUCAACAGGCGCCGGCAAUCAAUACUUUAUCCCGGGCGGUCCAUUUCUCGAUCGAAGCCAGGCUUCCAUCACCUGCGAUAAUAGUCCCCAAUAUCCAAUUACCGUUGAGAGUGAUACUGGUUAAGAUAGAGCCGUACACAACACCGGUGUUUAUUCGGAGUUUGCAGAUACACUUAUUCGCUUUCACGGGGAUUACAGCACAUGGUCUUGGGAAAACGGACAAACAGAUAAUCACUUGCCUAAGUCUUAUGGGCUUGCAAAGCCCCAUCGGAGAUGAUUACCAGGCCAUCGGGAAGGAGGUUGAGGCGGACCAGGCACUUUGGGCGAAUGCUGCACUGCCCGAUAGCGUUCCUCCAAGCUUCAGAACCUGUAAUAUCAGGCGGACUUACGAGUUGGAGAUUAUCCUUGGGUUAUCGCAUGGGCGUUCCGGGCCGACAGAAAUGGUACCCCUAACCCUCCCAAUAAAAGUCUACUCAGGCAUCAAACCACCCCCAGGGCUCCUCGAAACAGCCCGCCAUCCAAAAACCCCGCAGUUCCCCCCUUUACCCACAAAGGAGCCUGUCCCACCAUUGCCCCCCAGAACGCCAACAACCCAGUCUCUUAAGGUCCCAACAGCAGCCUUCGGCGGCUACAAUUCUACGAAAAACUCGCCGGUAUCAUCACCUGUUUCCCCUUCGUUUCCUGCGCGACCGCAUUCUAGCUCUUGUGGGGGCGGUGGUUGGGGAGGGGGAAACGGGGGAGGGGGCGCAUGGCCGGGUCCAAGGCCUAGCAGUGUAUCCAGUGUAUUUCCAGAGGAUGAUAUCCCACCGCCGACGUAUGAAGAUACGAUUGCGGAGGAUAUUGGUCCCGUGGAUGGACCGAGAAGGAGAUAUGAGCAGGAGGGAGCGUAUUACGGUGCGUUGCCGGAUGAUGUGCAUGCCUGAGUUCGGGGUGGAGUUGCAGGGGGGGGGGGCUGGUGGAGAGUAUUACGGGAUGAGUGGGAGGGAGGGGAUUAAUGCGGUUAUUAGAUGAGGUACUAGGUAAUGAUUUAUUUUGUCUUGUGAAUUUUGAUGAUUUAUUGGACGGGAGUGGGAAGCGGGCAAUCGUGGAUGCGGGAUCUUGAGACGGCUAUCGGGAGCAACGAUAAUGUCUUCUAUUCGGGUUUACUCUCGAACGCUCUAGGGUAGGCUUCUUCGGAGCUUUGAAUCUGGUUAUGAUAGCUCCUUGUCCUUGCAUUCCCGCUUUGUUUGAAACGGGUGCCAUCAUAACUACCCCUAUAUUCCUUCCUUCGGCUGUUUAUUUCUCGUGUGAAGACUAGCGCAGUCUUGAGCCAUAUGAGAGAAUAGCACAUAUAUUUUUAAUGCACCGUUAUGCAUCAUCCGAGUUAAUCUUUUCAUUCCCCACCGUCUGGAUCGGGAACAUUGCACUCUAUUGUCGAUACAUUAUGGAUUCCGGUACAGUACAUACCCCCAGAUUGACUGGAACGUCAUGAAUGCGCUAUAAGAUGCUUGGUUCAUCAGUCAUCCCCCUCCCUUCUCUCCACCAAACACCGAAGUUAAAACAAAAGUCGUAUGAAAGUGCCUCAGUACCCCUUCCUUCAUCCUCCAAGGAUUCAUCAACUCCCUUGCCAGAAAGGAGAUCACCGUCGUAGGUCAUCACUCGCGAGGUCGGAGGGUCGGAAGGUCGGGGUGCUGAGGAUAAUAUGGGACUGGAAACUGAACUAGGGGAUGGUUAGUGGUGGGUAUUGUGAUGCCAUACUUGGGGUUUUUUGUUUUUAUUUUGUUGUCUGGUUCGUAGGACUGGAAUUUGGUGGUUUACUUAACUAUCAUACCUAUAUAGUAAGGUUUUACUUGGGACCUUUGGGGUUGGGAAUUUUUUUUUUUUUCCUUUGCAAGGAAUUGGAGAAUGGUAGUGCUUUUGCUUGUUCAA